CCUUGCUGCCAACGUCUUUCCAUCACGACACAAACCGUCCUCGCCUGUACAUUACUAUUGUGCUCUGUAUUUUGACCAGCUUGCAUCUUUACGACACUUACGAUGCCCCCGAUACGACAAAUCGAAGAGACAAUUCCGGUCAAAGAGGUACCCGCUCCUCAACAAACUGUGUCCGGCGCGACAGAGGUACCUGAGAUAAACGGCUCUCCUGUGGCGUUCAUCGCUCUUGUCGUCUCGCUGGGAGUUGUCGUCCUCAUCUGCUGCGUCCUCGUCUUCAUCCUCCUCAAAUGGUACAACCCUACGCCUUACGAGCGCCAGCUCCGGCGUGCGCAACGACUGCAGAGGAAGCAGGCUCGUUCAGAUUCGCCUCAUAGCACCUUCCGCGCCCCGUCAUGGCUAUCAAGAUUGAUGGGGGUGUUUGGGAGGCGGAGGUCAGAAGGAUGGGUGCGGGCGAGCGGCGAGGACGGCGAUGAGUGGGACGCACGGGACGAAUUACCAUCUUAUCGACCGCAAAGCGAACAGCAGGUGCGCGAGCUCGACCGGGACGCCGUUGCCCAUUCCCCUUUACACAUCGACACCCACCUCCCGGGGGGCGACGAGGACCCGAGUGCGGACUCGGUCGACCUCCAUGCCCCGGAGCACCCAGAGCACACGACCACGCGCUACAGUGAUCUCUUCGCUUCGUCACCAUCACCGACGUCUACCGAGCAUUCUGAUGGCCCCCACACGCCGAAGGAGACCCGCGAGGGCAGGUUCAGCGUCCAGACCGCAGCGGGCUCCCAUCGCCAGGGAUCAGAUGCGUCUAGCAUACGGUCCAUGCGCAAGUUUGAGAGCGGGACGAAGUUCAAGGAGGCAUUGGAGUUCUAGGUAUAUGAUCAGCAUCUCUUAAGUGCCUUCUACGCUCUCACGAUCUCUCAGGUUACUGCUCUCCUCCUUCCGCGCAUCAUAUAUUUAUACCACCCACGCUGCCUGCGCUACCUCGUUUCGUGACGGAUGUACAACAAUCUCGGACCUCAUAACCCACUACGACUGUGUUAUACUUUCCGGUGUACUGAUUUACUAUUGUAAUAUACGCAAGUAUAGUCGUGCUUUCGUUGCUUCAUCGCAAAUAAUGGUCUGAUGUCCAGCGUCGAUAUCCCAUACCGCCAGAGGACGACACCGCGCUCAGCUUGUACAGCACCGUAGCUCUGCCAGUGGAGGACGCGGCGGACAAUGCCACCUAUCUCAUGU